CAUAAACUUCAUUGUCUUCAUAUCAGAUAUCCAAUGCCGCCCGCUCGUCAGGAGCAAUGCCAAUACUGUCUCCGUUCAUUUGCGCUCCGUGGUUUGAAGAAACACGAGACCUCUUGCAAGCGAAAGCUUGAUGAGGAGCAGGCUGAUAUGCUUUAUGAGCAGCAAUUGUUCAGAACAGGUUUAGCGGAAACGGUCGUUACCGUACCCUCAGGGGAAGAUAUCGCCGUUUUUAUUGAUAACCAUCUGUCGGAAAAUCAAGAACAUCAAGAGCCAAUAAUAAACCAUGUUCCGAAUGACUUCACAGUUACCUUUCCACUUGAAGCUCAGGAAGAACGUGUUCAUGGCACAUCUGAAUACAAACUUGACGACAUGCGAACGAUCUACCACCCGUCCAGUGGGCGACUAACACGGAUCGAUCAUUUUGAUGACUAUCGCUCGCGUCCUGCAUUCCAACAUGCGGAACCGCCUAUUGACCCACAUCCAUGGCGACCAUUUGCAUCACGUUAUGACUUUGAGCUUGCUGAAUUCAUUCUUGAUGCGGCUCUUACUGAGAAGCAGAUGAAGACUAUGUUCAGACUACUGAACCCGGAGGCAGAAAGCAACCAAGGCAUUAAAUCCAGCAUCCGUAGCCCGAAGGAGUUCAAAGAUCAUUGGGAUCGUGCAGCCAAUUUGAUUACACCAUUUGAGAAGUCGACGGUUACUGUACCACUCCGGGGUAAAGACUAUACCUUUGAUGUUUACCGGCGAGAUCUCUGGACCUGGGCAUUGGAUUUGAUUCAGGAUCCACUUCUGGAGCCACACUUUGUUUGGGAUGCUGUUCAGCUUUCAAAGUGGAAUGGACAGGCUUUCGAGCGGUUCAUCGAUGAACCGUGGACAGCGCAAGCUUUUUGGGAUCUACAGACAGCGCUCCCAAAAGGCGCAAAAGUUCUUUGUUACAUUAUAUAUGCUGAUAAAACACGUCUUUCUUCUUUCGGUACAGCUCAAGGUUAUCCUGUCAUUGCCCGUUGUGGAAAUCUGAAGAUUGACAUACGAAAUGGGAAUGGUGUUGGCGGUGGACGUGUCGUUGGGUGGCUACCAUUGAUAAAGGAGGAAGCAAAGUUCAAGAGGAAGGUUUAUUAUGUAGACUUCAAGCGCCGCGUGUGGCAUGCUGCCUUCAGAUUUAUCCUCGAACCGCUAGUUGCACCAAGCAAAGUAGGAGGUUGGGUUCAUCUUGCCUUAGCGAACGUAGAUCUCCAGGCGUCAGUCAUCAGUUCCGGUGGUCUGAAACCAUGCGUCGUCUGUAUGGUACCUAAGGCAGAACAGUAUUGUCUAGAUAUCAAAUACGAGCUACGGACAUCAAAGCAAACUCAAGAAAUACUUGCAGAUGCUGCUGCCAUUCCAAGGAAGGACGCUCGGAACAAGUUUCUGUCUAGCUUUGGCUUGAGAAAUAUUGAGAAUGCCUUUUGGGACAUCAAAGACUGCGAUCCGUUCCGCACACUUUCCUUUGAUCGUCUUCAUGCUUAUGAUAAUGGCCUUUUCGGAGAACAUCUCAGACGUGAAAUCGUUUCCCGGAUUGAAGCCUUAGGCGUGGAAUCUAUAGGUCAGGCAGACGAUCAAAUUAAACGCUUUCCACGCUGGAGGAAUCUAUAUCACUUUGAAAGCGGUUUUAUGGCGGUCCAUUUCGCUGAUGGCGGAAAGUAUGAAGAUCUGUCUAAACACAUCCUUUUUGUCACCCAUAAUCUCCUCACUGAGACCAAGGACAAGCAUGGAUAUCAUUUGCUGAAAUGUGUCCGAAGCUAUAUAGAGCUUCAUAUGUACACGGGCUUCAACCUCCAUACUGAGCGUAGCAUACAAGCCAUUCAGAAUGAGCUUCUCAGGUUUUCAGCACUCAUAAGGGAGUACGAACAACUCACACGGUCGAUUAAUCCGGGCGCGAAAUCAUGGAACUUCCCCAAAGUCCACUCUCACCAGCAUGUCGUUGACGAUAUCUUGCAAAAGGGUGUCACGCUGAACUACAAUACGAAGCCCAACGAGAAAAUGCAUGGCCCUCUAAAAGACGCAUAUCAGUUGCGAACCAACUUCAAAGAUGUAGCGGAGCAGAUUCUACGUGUCGAUUCGUGGUGUAAUGCUGCAUCAUUUAUACGACAGCAAAUCGACUUACACGAUGAGCAACUGCAGAUGUCCGAAAACGACGACUCCGAGCUAAAAGAUCAGGAUAAAUCAGCUUCCGAAUACUCCGGGAAAGUGACUUUACAUGGGCACCGUGGUAAAGGGGGUGGGGUCUUCAAAAUCGGAGAAAUCAGGGCUUUGAAGGCAGGCGACCCGGCGUUCAAGGGUUUUCAAACACGUCUAUCAUCCUUCAUGGUGGGACAGUUUGCGAAAUACCCUGAUAUUGUCCCUGAAGUCGAUGGAGAAAAGGUAGUAUUCAAGACAUUCAAGCAACACGAAGAGAUUCAGCUAUACGGCCUUUUGAAAGUCAAUUAUGAAAACACCGUUGAUUGGACCACAUCCACCGACUAUUUGCGAUGCAGCCCUGAUUUCUAUAAUCAUCCACGAUACGAUUUCCUCCUCAUUGACAGCACCGAGCGUCCAUUCUUCGCGCAGCUUAUAAUGGUCUUCACUUGUGUUAUUGCAGGAAAAACGUUUCCUCUCGCCCUUGUCCGUCCUCUCGAUGAACCCAAAGAAAAAUCAGUAUUUGUAUCCGUCUACAUGAUUAUUCGAGGGGCGCUCUUGGUUGAAGAUUUCGGGGCCAAGCCAGGCGAUGGAUUCAAGGAGUAUUUGAUUGUUGAUAGCAUUGACAGCGAUAUGUUUCUCAGGAUGAAAUCCCUCAAGUAUACUGGCGGCCAUGAUUGAAGGAAAUA